UUUUUUACAUACUUUUUGAUAGUAUUUGAAGAGAAAUUCCUACCUCUUUUUUCUACCCCACAUAAAAAUAAAGCUAAAGCCAAAAAGAGAGAUGAAAAACAAAAACUAAAAGCAAUGAGGGACUACCUAGUCUCCCCUCCCUAAAAAAACCCUUUAAAGAGAGGAGAAAUUACAAAAGAUAAAGAGAAAACAAAUGCAUCAAUAAGAAGGAAAAAGGAUUGAAAGUCCAUGAUUCAAAAAACACACAUGCCUUGGGUUUUGCUCCUUCUCUCUACUUAUUAAGCUAAAGCAUAGCAAUCCCCUUGAAAAGUUCUUACAAAAGCCCUCCGUUGGACCUUCAAACAUACAUCCCUUCAAAAAUAAAAGAAUAAUAAGAUAAAGAGAAAGGAUGAAUAGAGGUGUUUUGCAAAACUCUCCAGUGCAACAAAUGAUGGCAGCAGGAAAUCCAACUUGGUGGCCAAACAUUAACAAUUUGAUGAGGCCACCAUUAAUGUCUUCCCAUCUUCAUCAUCAACAACCUUUUCUUCAUUCUCCUCCUCCAAAUAAUAAUCAUAAUAAUAAUAACAUUAAUAAUAAUAAUAAUAUUAAUAAUGUUUUUCAACCUCAAUAUAAUAUGAAUAUGCCUACCCAAGGUUCUACUUGGCUUGAUGAUCAUCCUAUACUCCCACAGGGGCCACAUCAACAAGUUCAUGAGUCUUGGAGCCACCAACUUCUCAUGGGAGGUAUGUAUCUAGGAGAAGAAGGAAAAAAAAUGGAAGCAAAUUGGGAAGAGCAAGUUAUGCUUCAACAACAAGCUUCUCAUUUUAUAGAUGUGAAGCAAGAAAGCUCAGUAAAUAGUUAUAAUCAAAGCAACAAUAUUAGUAGUGCUCAUCAUGAUCAAGAUCAGUUUCAGCUAGCAGCAGCUAAAGCAGCAGCAAUUGCAGCAACAAACUGGUCUCAUCAUCCUCAGCUAAGCAAUAUUCCAGCUUCUUCUCCUCAAUCUUGUGUAACUUCUUUUAGUAGUAGCAACAAUAUGUUGGAUUUCUCCUCUUCUAUUUCUAGUGAUCCUACUCUUCACUCUAGACAACCAUUUCCUGCUCCUGAUCAUUCAUCUGAGUGUAACAGCACAGCAACAGGUGGGGCAACCAAGAAAGCUAAGGUUCAACCUUCAACAACCCAAUCUACUAAUACUGCUUUCAAGGUGAGGAAGGAGAAAUUGGGAGAUAGGAUUACUGCCCUUCAUCAAAUCGUCUCACCUUUUGGAAAGACUGACACAGCAUCUGUCUUGUUAGAAGCCAUUGGCUACAUUAGAUUCCUUCAGAGUCAAAUUGAGGCCCUCAGCCUUCCAUACCUAAACAGUGGAGCAGGAAACAAGAGGCAGCCUCAUCCAAUUCAAGGGGAGAGGAAGUGCAUAUUUCCUGAAGACCCUGGACAGCUCUUGAAUGACAAUUGCUUGAAGAGAAAAGGAGGUCCUGAUCAGGAUCCAUAUGAAGAGCCAAAGGACUUGAGGAGUAGAGGAUUAUGCUUAGUUCCAGUGUCAUGCACAUUGCACGUGGGAAGUGAAAACGGAGCUGAUUAUUGGGCACCGGCACUCGGUGGCAGUUUCCAGUAGAAGGUCUUAGUGUUCCGAUGUAUCGACGACGGCACAUUGAAGCUUCAGUGAAGCGACAUAACAUCAUUAGCAGUCAAUCUGCCCAACAAUAUAAUUGUAGGAAGAAAACAUACUCCUAUAAUUAAUUAAUUAAGGUUGAUUGCUCCUGAUGCUAUGUACGUAUUUCUCUUGGAUUGCAUUCACUUGUGCUGUAAAUUUUAAUUUUAAUUCAAGUUUUCUACAUAUUAUUACUCUUUUAUUUCAAUCUACUUUAUUUUAUAGCA